CACUAGUGGUAUUGUUAAACAAAACAAACAUUACUUUUUUUUAUACUUCUUUAAUCAUGAACCUGGCAAUCGAAUGAUGUGACGCAUGUGCCAUGUAAAUCUUUUUCUUUCUUUUACAUUUUUUAAUCAUUAUUUAACUAAACCUAUUUGGAAAUAACAAUCGGGACGUCACCCAUGGAUGUUUUUUUUCCUUUCACAUCCAAUCCAAUUACAAGUCUGAACUUGUAAAUCGAUGCUGACUGCGCAAAACACCCAAGAGGUCACGGUCUAUUAUAAACGCUUCCAUGGUAUAGCAUAUGUUUCAUAACCCCUUGAUCAAAAUAACACUGAACGAAGACUGGAGUUUAACAUAGUGUCGUUGUCAUACACCUUUUCGUUUAUUUUGUAACCGCCAUCUUUUCUUAUCAGGCAUGCUAGGUAUUUAAAUGAAUCAGUAACCCUAUCGGAAAUGCCUCAGUUGUCAAGAACGCCAUUUUCCAACACCACAGCCUUUCAGCCAUUUUAACUUUCUUUCCCAUAAGCAACCUAAUUACGGACGUGUAUUAUAAAUAUGCGAUAUAAAAAAUAAUCCUACAUAUUAAUGUAUAUUUUCCUUUAUAUUAUUUGAUAUACUCUUCUUUAUUAUACAUAUUAUGAAUAGUAUUAUGAUAAAAUGUUAUAAUUUGUUAAGAUAUAAGCUGGUUAAAACGGUUUAAAGGUUUUUGUAUUAUAGUUCCACUCGUUUUAGCGUAUGAAUAUCAUUAACGGUGACGCGAAGAGGCUGGCAACAGUUGCCGUAGGAAUAAACGCCAUAGACACCGUAGCUGUGACGACUGUUACCCACCAACAACUCGACCUAAGGGUGGGCUGGGCAAAUGGCUACCCAGACCUACAUAACUGACUUACAGGCGAUGAACUCGACUACAGUUCAAGUACAACAUAAUAACCAGAAUACUGCUGCCUCUGUGACAAAAUCUACAGCUGGAGGAACCAUUCACCAAACAACUGGGCAGAAAAUGGCACAGGCCACCACCAUUAUUCAGCCGGCACAGGCUCACUCUGGCCAGCAGUUUAUUGUUACUACAUCAUCCGUUUCAGACGGUGUUGAAUCCGGACAGGAUGCGAUCACGCUCCAGGGUGGCCAGACCGUGUACCCAGCUCACGUACAGUACGUAGAUGGCUCUGAUCCCAGUAUCUACGCAAGUGCCAAUGGGCAAAUGCACAAUUAUCAGGACUAUGGUCAGAACGCCAUGUACACACCAGUCUCGGGGACAUACUACCACACAGCUGGACAGGUGGCGUCGGGCAUGGUUCCAGUGGGUUCCACGGUGCAAACUGUUCAGGGUCAGAUAAUUCAGCAGGGUUCAGGCACAUAUCUCAUUCAGAGCGGCACAAUGGAUGGGGAAGGUACUCCCCUCACCCACACAACCAGAGCCUCACCAGCUACUAAAUAUCAUGGAGUUUAUGAAGUUCAGUGGCUGUUGGACAAUUAUGAAACCGCAGAGGGUGUGAGUCUGCCACGAAGUACACUAUAUUAUCACUAUCUUCGACACUGCCAAGAGCAGAAUCUUGAUCCCAUGAAUCCAGCUUCAUUUGGAAAAUUGAUUCGCUCUGUUUUUCUUGGGUUAAGAACAAGACGUUUAGGCACGAGAGGUAAUUCCAAGUACCAUUAUUAUGGUAUACGCAUUAAGGCAAACUCGCCAUUGAAUCAGUUUACCGAUGACCAGACAAUGGCUAUGAGACAGCAGCCUAUGUAUCAGAGUAAAAAGUUAACAAAUUGUAAAAUGGAAGGCGAUGGUGACUCCAUUGGUCAAGGCAGUAACACAUCUGGAACACAAGAGCCUACACAACCACAGAAUCAGCAUCAUCAAUUUCUGGGUGAUGCAUCAGCUGCCAUACCGAACUUCGAAGACAUCGAUACAUCAGCCGAGCCACUACCUGAAGGCGUCACCCCUGCUGAUGUCAGGACAUUUCAGAAAAUAUAUAGGGAACAUGCAGAAGCUGUUCUUGAUGUUGUGGUAAAUUUACAGUUCUCAUUAAUUGAGGCACUAUGGCAGGGAUUUUGGAGAAAUCAGCCUGAACAAAAUAUUGCUGAAAGUGAAUUUGAAAAGAGGUUACCCAGGGAUAAAUUGUUUAUAUUGUGUAAAUACGAACCAGUCAGGAAGUACGUAAAAAGAUCUGAUUACGCCUUUUACCAAGCUUUAGUGGAGGUUCUGAUCCCUGAUGUUUUGCGUCCCAUACCAAGUUCAUUGACACAGGCUAUUAGAAAUUUUGCAAAAAGCUUGGAAAAUUGGUUGAAAGGUGCCAUGGCUGUAGUUCCAGAAGAAAUGGUAAAAACCAAGGUUGGUGCUGUUAGUGCCUUUGCUCAGACAUUACGGAGGUACACGUCUUUGAAUCACCUCGCACAAGCAGCUAGAGCGGUUCUACAGAACACAUCGCAGAUCAAUCAGAUGCUGACUGAUCUCAACAGAGUGGAUUUUCUUAACGUCCAGGAGCAGGCUUCGUGGGUAUGUCAAUGUGAUGACUCAGUGGUGCAACAGCUGCAGGAAGACUUCAAGAAGACACUGAAACAACAGAACUCGCUCGAACAGUGGGCCGUCUGGUUAGAGAGUGUUGUGAAUCAGGUUCUUCAGCCACAUGAGGGCAGUACUAACUUCCCCAAGGCAGCACGACAGUUUUUACUCAAAUGGUCCUUUUAUAGUUCAAUGGUAAUCAGGGAUUUGACCUUGCGAAGUGCUGCAAGUUUUGGAUCUUUUCAUCUGAUUCGAUUGUUAUAUGACGAAUACAUGUUUUACCUAGUGGAACACAAGGUAGCCAGAGCUACUGGAGAAACACCAAUUGCUGUCAUGGGAGAAGUGAGACAGUUCAUAGAUUUGAGUAGUGCUAUUGCAAUGAGUACGCUGGAAUGUGAAAAGCCUCCAACUCCACCAGCUAAGAAUCCUGUAACUAUGGCACCUGUGCGAAGUAUGGAGCACAAAACUGUUAUGCUAGUGACGUCUAUCGCUGGGACAGGCAGUUCCAGCACACCAGGAACAAUAAGUGUACGACCUACUUCAAAUGGAAUAGGAGGAAACAAUGUCAAUAUGACCAACUCGAACACUAGCACAGUUGUUGUACUGUCUGCGAAUACGACGGCAGGUUCUGGUACAGGCACAAACACGAUAACAGGUUCUUCUGGAUCAACUCCUACUGCUGUCACUGUGCGAACGGCUUCGUCAGGUGGCCCCAAUGCAAAGACCCACACAAUUCUUGUUAUGCCUGUUCCAUCAACUGGAGCUGGAGAAGGGUCAACAAUUAAACGCCUUAAAACAGAAUAGUAUGGGGGAGAAAUCAACUUGCAUUUGCACAAAGAAAUUUUCUAUUCUAUUUAACUUAUUUAUUUAAAAAAAAAAUGAAAUGAAAACCUUUUUAUUGUUUUAGCUAGGAGUAAGUCAUUUCAUGUAUGUCAUAUCAUGUCACAUUAUUACUUAUCUUGCAUUGUCACUUGCAUAGUUUUAAAUAAUACCUGGGUUAUGUACUUGAGAUUGAUGAGUGGGGGGCUAUUUUCUGUUUGAUUUCUUUAAAACAAUUUCUUUCUUUAUGGUAAUCUAUCUCCAUAAUUUUUACAAAAUAAAAACAUAGGGUUGGAAGUUUUAGGAAGUUGUCAUGGCCAAUUUGUUUGCUGGCUGAUAUAAACAAUUUUACGUCCUUUUUAGCAAUAGUAGGGAGAAAUAUUUUGCUACCAUUUUUGUCUUGUAAGCAUCUAAACUCUACUUUGACUUUAAAUCUCCUUGGUCAGAAUUGUGUGUACACAAUUGCUAAACGUUAAUUAAAAUGAGACUGGGACCCCAAUUAAUUAAAUUUGUAUACAGUUUGUGUAAUUUUAAAAGUCAUAUUAUACUUUCAAGUGUUGGAGUCUAGUCUCCGUUUUGUUAGUAGAAGACUGAGGGGGACACUGGUUGGGGGUGGGAUAGUUUUAUGGGUUAUUGUGAAUAUAUAUUUAGCCAUUUGUGCCUUUUAAUGAUCCCUUAUCAAAAGAAGUUAAAAUUGACUUAUGGCGAGUCUAGUAGAAAGUAUGUCGAUAGAAUGUAGUUUUCAAAUUCAUCUUUGUAACAAUUAUAGAAAUCUCAACUAUGUUGGGCAGGGCUACGUAUUACUCAAAAAUUGUGGUUUUCUGACCAGAAUUUUAAAAAAACCCCACUAUGAUUCAUAUCCCAAUAUUUGGUGAUUUUCAUUGUUGGUAAAACGAUCAAAUUUAUUAUCAAAUUAGCUCUCAUAAUCCACUAUCAAUCCCUGAAAAUGACCUCGACUUGCCACCAUUGUUGUCACGUGAAAAUACUUGCUAAAAACCACUUUUUCAACUCUAAAUUACAAGUUAUUUUUCAAAGAAAAAAACCACCUAAAGAUGCAGGAAGCUGGAUUGACACUUCUGUUUCCUGUUAUAAAAGUCUUUCCAGUGAGUGCGGUAUGCAAAACGGCGGGAAAUAUGAAUUGGGGAAUACAGUGUACAGUAUGUCGACUGGCGUGACGUCGGGUGAGAUAUCUCGCCUGCAGUAGUCAGAAGGUUUAGCUACUUGAUCUAAUGUAUUGUUUUUUAAAUGGAUCAUUUAUUUACUCCGAAAUCAUAGGACUUAGUCUUUGGGUUUUUUUGUUUGGGGGGGGGGGUUAUAAUGUCCUUAGUUUUGUAAUAUAGUAAGUACAACUGAUGUUCAUAUUCUGUUAAUGAAGUGAUACAGUUUUACAUAGGAUCAUGGGUGUAUGAGGCUUGAUGCUGAAGCUUGACUGUUUUAUGUAUAGAAUGGUUAAAUUGAAUGUUACUGAGGGUUGACUAAUGGACAUUUGGGGGUGGGAUUGGCUGAAUUACCCUGACCCUGCCUCUUAUACUUCAGUACCAAUCUAAUUAAAAUUAGCUCCACUAUUACAUGUGGAUCUAACACCAGCCAGUUGGAGCUC